AUCUCAUAGCAAACACCGAAUCAUGGAUCACCACCAAUUAGCGUUUGUGCGCCGAUACUUCCGAUAUCAAUACGUACCCGAACCUGAACCCGGCUCCGAGUUCAAUCCACAUACGCAGAGCAUGAGGCUCUUCGGCGAACUCGAUAACGAUGCCAUAACCCCGGUGCAUGAUCACCGACCCAUCUUACUCCUGCUUCUUCCAGACCGGACUGCCCCGAUGGGUGUAAGCAGCUCCCUGUACGAAAACCGGUUGGCCAUCUCGCAGCGGAUCCUCGGCGAAUGGGCCAUCAUCCGUCACGCCGUGAGCCAAACCGAGAUUGUUGCAGGGCUUUGCCGAGACCCAUGCAUGGUCAUAAUGUUCACUCACACGCUAGAGGGCAUAAACUCGAGUCCUAGCGGCCCGGACCUGCGCGAGUAUGCGAUGCGAGGGGGCAAGGUUGUCGUCUCGCGCGCCCUGCACGGCUGCCAGGCUGACUAGGUGUUUGCCCACAUGAUGAGGGCGCACAGUCGCAUGCCGAAUCGAGGCCUCCUGCCGUCCCCUGGGUUUUUGCAGAUCGCUCGCCGCGAGCUACUUGUGCUCAGAGUGCGGGCAGGUUCGGGGAAGGGGAAGUGCAUCUGGAUCAGGCCACAGGCUUCUCUGCUGAGGGAGAUGCAAAUCGUGAG